UUAUCGCAUGAGGAUGGAGCGCGCUUUCUGGGAUCUUACUCAGGGGACAGGUACUGUUGAGGAGUACGAGCGGGAGUUCACCCGCAUGAGCGCCUUUGCUCCACAUAUGGUGGACACUGACCUGAAGAAGGCCCACAAGUUCCGGGAUGGACUAAACCGAACUCUCCGUAUGCAUGUUGCCAGCCAGGGAAAUCUUUCCUUUGAUGAGACUGUUAUUCGAGCCACCCAGCUUGAGAGUUAUCAGACUCUCGAUGCUUCCGUCCCUUCUGCUCAUCUAGUUCAGCCUAUUUCCUCUGCGCCGCCCAGAUCUAGUUCGGGCAAGAGAAAGUUUGAUUCCCGCCGGGAUAACCGGAAGGGAAAGCGUGGAGCACCAGACCGCCGUGACGUUCCACCUGUCGCUCAGGGUCAGAACCCGAGAUGCCCUAAAUGUGGCCGCUAUCACCCCGGAGAUUGUCGUUAUGUUCAGAAGGUCUGCUUCAACUGCAUGAAGCCCAGUCACUUCUUCAGCAACUGCACCGAGCCCCCGAGACAGCAGCAUUACCCGCAGCCCCAUCAACAGCAGCUUCCUCCUCCACCUCACCAGCAGCAGCAGCAGCAGCAGCAGCACAGACAGCCCCCACCACAUCAGCAGAGGGCUGGCGGUCAGGCUCGUGUCUAUACCAUUGCUCACGACGAGAUGGCCAACAACGCAGGUACUAUGUCUGGAAUGCUCUCUAUAUCGAAUGUGCUUGUCUUUGCAUUAUGUGAUACUGGAGCCACUCAUUCUUUUAUCUCUUCUCGUUGCCUUGAGGCUCUAUCUGUUAGUAAGGUGCGCAAAGUCGAUCCUCUCGAGGUUAGUCUAGCCUCGGGAAAAAUUAUCAUCUCCGAUUCCUUGGUUCGUGAUCUUCCUGUUUCUAUCGGCGGUCGAGUUUUGUGUGUUGAUGCUUAUGUUAUUGAAAUGCGAGAGUUUGAUGUAAUCUUGGGCAUGGACUGGCUCACUCGCUAUCGAGUUGACAUCCGGUGUCAAGAGCGCGAAGUCAUUCUCUUUCCUGAUUCCGAUCAGCCU